GCCUCGCUCACCUCGCCCUGCGCUCCCUGCUCCGGGGAGGGGGGGGCGGCGCGGUGCAUUGUGGGAAGAGGAGGCGGAGGCUGGAGCGCAGGAGGAACGAGGGGGCAGUCUGCAGAGCUGGAUUUGGACUGCAGCUCCCAGGAACCCUCAGGGCAAGGGAAGACGGAAGAGGAAGCUUGAGGCUGGAGGAACGGGAAGAGCAGAAUGUAUGAAACCUGGUCAGCUCUAACCAGCAGCCAGCAGCCCAGACGCUGCCAAAAGGCUCCGUGUGAGCAGUGGGAAAGCGAGAGCACAGGCCCAGGCUCGGGGGAGACAGAGAAGACGACCAGAGUCUCCUGAUGCAGAGGAGACCUGGGACUUGUUAACAGAUGAAAGCUCCUUGGGCUGCUGACCCAAACAAGGCUCUUCACUAGGGGCAGGUUCACCACUGUCCCUGUCUUUGCCAGUGUCAUUCAGGAUCCACAGUCUGAAGAGAGAUAAGUACCCUGGCUCCUCCAAGCUAGCCUUAGCAGGGCAUCCCGCUUCUUGGGGUUGCCACCACUCACCCCUACCGGGGCAAUUGUCUGUUUCAUACCACGCCGGGCGCUCAGGAAACGUCAUUUCCGGUCCUCCCUGAAUGCGGGUCAGUGGGGCUCUUAUCCCGCUUUCUGAGGACUGGUUGGCAAACUGGCAUUGGCACACAGCUACAAAACGUGUCCAUGCCAGUUCUGGGGCACGUACCUGAUCCCUGGUGGUGUUCUGCAGCUGCCGUUCUCCUCCCAUCUGUGGUGCCAGUGGGGGGGUUUUGAUCUUCCGCAGCACUCAGCAGCAGCUGCUUUUCUUGUCGCUCCAGCAGCAAAGGUAAGUUUUGAUUCAUGGCAGCAUCCCCGCCACACCCUGCCACACAUUACAUAUAUUUUAUAAUUUAUUAAUCAGUCACGCAAACAAUUCAGACCAGCCACAACAUGCAAUAUAAUAAUCACAGAAUUCACUGGAUAAUCACACAAUAUACAGCAGAAGCUCUGUUAUCUGGCACCCAUGGGGAAUGGGGGGUGCCGGAUAACCAAAUAUGCUGGUUACCUGACAUGCAUCUUUGCCUGGUUGGGCUGCCGCCCCUUCCACUGCGUCCAGUGCUCCAGGCUUUCAUUCCCUGGUGUCAUUGUGCUGGGAGACAGGGAGGGGGGCCCCACGCACACUGCUUUGCCCCGGGCUGUGGCCUGAAGUUGGUGAAGUGGGACUCAGUGAAACCGGAAGUGGGACUUCCGGUUUCGCUUUUGCCGCACCAACUGGCAUGCCAGUUAAUAGAGCAUGCUGGUUAAUAAAGUGCUUGAUAACACAGCUUUUACUGUAUUUUCAUUGGCCACACAUGCAAAGUAAAUAUCAUGCCAUAGAAAUGUCCAUCCAGCUAUAAAAAGAGCCAACCAGCUACAAGGUUAGUGCUUGAAAAUGUAUAAAACUUUAUAGCUGGUUUCUUUCCAGCUAGAAUUUGUAUGUGUGGCAGGGUCUGAACUCUCAAGGUGUGCUGCUAGCAAAAAGUCGCCGUCAGGAGAUACCACACCAGUUGUGUCCUAAAGAAUGACCACAGGCUCGGUUCAGUGGAAAAGGUUCAGCCAGGUUUAUUCUCUAGUCUACAAGGCGUGGCCCUAACACAGCCAUGAUCUGACUGAAAAGGUAGUAAUGUACCAUUGCAAGACAUUACCACACAACAUGCAGGCUCCCCUAGGCCAAUACAAAGCUCCCUUCUCUUCUAAUUCUCCUUUAAUACAGUAGUCAAAACACGUUACUUGUUACAUUCCACCAGUAUCUUUACUAUCUUGAGAUAUCCUGUGCAAUGGGCUUGCUCCACAUCCUGCUCGGUGGGUUUCUGUUCCAACCUUUACAUCCCGGUAUUGGACUAUUCUCCACAGAAGUCUCCCCCUACCAUCCUUUGGCCCACAUACCAAGUUUUGUUUAUGGGAGGAGUGCAGGUAUUGUUCAGGUUCACUAAUCAAGCCUACUCUGGCUAAUGUUUAGCAAAGCCUUUGUGUACGCAGCAUAUAAAUGUUGAUCAAUGUUCCAGUGAGGCGACAACCUGCGGGUGCUCUUCCUCUCCCACCAGAUGCAGGGACCCUGCGCACAGCUGAGGAGCAACCUCCUAAGGACAGGCCUGUAACCCUGGAGCUGCUGAGGCCAUUCCCAGGAAGAUCUGGGGAGAGGGGACCCCUGACACCUGAGCUGGGCCAAGUGCAUAAGAAGCAGGGCAGGCACCCACAGCAGGGAGAGAACAUGGCUGUGAGCAAGCUCCCAGAGGCCUUUGAGGACGUGGCCGUGUAUUUUACACGGAAGGAGUGGGAGCUGCUGGAAGCUGGAGACAAGGGUCUUUACCAGGACCAGAUGCUGAGGAAUUACCAAGCCCUUGUUUCCCUAGGAUUGCAAGGUCCUGCACCAGACUUAAUCUGCCGCAUGCAGCUAGGGGAGAUGGAGCUCUGGGUCUGUGAUGAUGAGGAAGCUGGAGAAAGCUCAUUGUCUGAGGACUUCUCCCCAGCAGGUGCAGGGACCCUGAGCUCAGCUGAGGAGCAGCCUCCUGAGGACGAGCCUGGAAACCUGGAGCUGCUGAGGCUAUUCCCAGGAAGAUUUGGGGAGAAGGAACCCCUGACACCUGAGCCAGGCCAAAUUCAUGAGAAGCAGGGCAAAUGUUCACAGCAGAGAGAAAACGUGGCCGUGAGCAAGAUCCUGGAGGCCUUUGAGGACGUGGCUGUGUUUUUCACGCGGGAGGAGUGGGAGCUCCUGGAAGCUGGAGACAAGGGUCUUUACCAGAACCAGAUGCUGAGGAAUUACCAAGCCCUUGUUUCCCUGGGAUUGCAAGGUCCUGCACCAGACUUAAUCUGCCGCAUGCAGCUAGGGGAGAUGGAGCUCUGGGUCUGUGAUGAUGAGGAAGCUGGAGAAAGCUUAUUGUCUGAGGACUUUUCCCCAGCAGAUGCUGAGACUCUGGGCACACACCUCUGCCUGGAGUGUGGGGAGAGCUUUGUCUCCCCAAGCAAACUCCGAGUGCAUCAGGAUGUACAUUCAGGGGAGCAGCUGUACCGCUGUACCGAGUGCAAGAGCUUCACCAGAUGGGAUCACCUCCAAAACCAUACUUGUGUCCAUGUGGAUGAGAAGCCAUUCUACUGCCUACACUGUGGGAAGAGUUUCACCAAGAGCUCCAAGCUCAUGCAGCACCAGCACAUGCACACAGAGGAGAAGCAAGUCUCCUGCAGCCAGUAUAGGAAGAGCUUCACCCAGAGCUCCAAACUCACCAAGCACCUGUGUGUGCACACAGGGGAGAAACCCUUCUCCUGCAGCCAGUGUGGGAAGAGCUUCACCCAGAGCUCCAAACUCACCAAGCACCUGCGUGUGCACACAGGGGAGAAACCCUUCUCCUGCAGCCAGUGUGGGAAGAGCUUCACCCAGAGCUCCAAACUCACUAAGCACCUGCGUGUGCACACAGGGGAGAAACCCUUCUCCUGCAGCCAGUGUGGGAAGAACUUUACGCAGAGCUACACACUCACCAGGCACCUGCGUGUGCACUCCGGGGAGAAACUGUACUCCUGCUGUGACUGCGGAAAGAGCUUCACCAGGCGGGACCAUCUACAUGGCCAUAUGCGUGUGCACACAGGGGAGAAGCCAUUCUCUUGCACUCAGUGUGAGAAGAGCUUCAGUGACAGCUCAACGCUCGCGUAUCACUUGCGUGUUCACAUGGGUGAGAAGCCAUUCUGCUGUAGUGAGUGUGGGAAGAGCUUCACCAGCAGAUCCAAACUCACCAAUCACCUGCUCGUGCACACGGGGGAGAAACCCUUCUCCUGCAGCCAGUGCGGGAAGAGCUUUAACAGGAAGUCCAGGCUCACAGACCACCUGAACGUGCACACAGGGAAGAAGCCAUUCUUUUGCAGCCAGUGUGGGAAGAGCUACACUCACAGCUUCAGUCUCAGCAUUCAUCUGCGCCUGCACACGGGUGAAAAACGCUUCUCCUGCAGCCAGUGUGGGAAGAACUUCAUGCAGAGCUCCAAUCUCACCAGUCACAUACGUGUGCACACAGGGGAGAAGCCCUUCUCUUGCAGCCAGUGUGGGAAGAGCUUUUCUCAGAACUCUAGCCUCAAACAUCACCUGUGUGUACACACGGGGGAGAAGCCUUUCUCUUGUAGCCAGUGUGGGAAGACCUUCACCAAGAGAUCGUCGCUCAUGAACCACCUGUGCGUGCACAAGGGGUAGAAGCUGUACCACGGUACUCAGCACCAGAAGUGUUUCUGGCUGAGUUAUGCCCCGAGCAAGCACCAGCAAAUCCAUGGGAGCAGGAUUGUCACACCAGUUGGAGGGCACUUUUCCUCAUCCUCCCUGAGCAUGCAGGAGUGAGGAUCCUGCCCCUGGACUAUAAUGCCCCGGCUCCCUUCUGCUUUUAUGUUGGCUGCCCCGUGUGAGAUGUGGUAGUUUCUGGCAGCAGCUGGGACAGAAGGCAACAGGUAAGAGCUAAGUGACGGAGCCAGGUAGAAGACAGGAUAAAAACUGGGGGGACAAAACCAAAGUUGCCCUGAAAAAAAAGUCCAUUUUUGAACCAUCCAGUUCUGUAAACUGCUACCUGUGGCAGCAAGGUGGUUUCUUCCUUUUCCUUCCUGUGGUGUUUGGGAUAUCACCCUUGUCCUCUGUUUUUUACUGUCCUUGAUGAUCUUGUCUAGUUCUACAUCAACCAGGCAGGUCCCCCUGUUCCUGCAAGAGAACCGGCUUGGAUGAGACACUCAAUAAAGGGAAUAUCUUUGAA